AUGCCGUUUUGGGAUGAACUCUAUGCUGGCGAAAUGGAUAAAUCCGAGCUGCUGCCAUCCAUGGAGACGUACAGCUUCAAGGAUGCCGCUGUGAUUCUCCACUCAUCCGCCACAGUUCCCGCGCGCCAGGCUGCGCCUGACGACAUCCUGCGCGGCGCAAUGGCGACGAAGAGCGAUCUGCUUUUCUGCGUACCGUCCAUGAUCGAGGCGUGGUGCAGGAUCCCAGAGCAGGUUGAGUGGAUCACUCAGACGCAGGGCGUUUUUUACGGUGGCGGACCACUCGCAAGCGAGGUUGGGGACCCCUUGGCCCGCAAAGGAGUAGACAACUUCAGAGAGAGUAACGGCAUGGACUGGGCGUACUUUUCCCUCUCGUCGUGCUGCGGGACACACUUUGUACCGCUCGAUGAUGAGAACGCCCAGCUCAUCCUCACUAUAAACGAGUAUCAAGUCCCUGCUGUUCUAAAUACCAUGGUGGACGGCGUACCGGCAUAUGAUACGAAUGACAUCUUGGCGCCACACCCGACGAAGAAAGGCCUCUGGAAGGUAGCAGGUCGUUCGGACGAGCAUAUUAUGCACAGCACAGGGGAGAAGCCUCAAUCCAGGUUCGACAUAAACGAUGAAGAGAAGCUUGCCGGAUUUAGGAACGCAAUCUGGCCGACGGUGGAGAAGGUCAACAGCUUUGUGCCCCAGCAUUCGCGGCUCUUCAAGGCGAUGAUCAUCGUCUCUUCGCCGUCAAAGCCCUUCACAUACACUACCAAAGGCACCCCACGUCGCCCGGCGAUUAUUACCGAGUAUCAACCCGAGAUCGAGGCGUUGUACGCGACGGUAAACGAGACCACGCAGGCACACCUGCCGCCACCACGAUCCUGGAGCUUGCCACAUGCAAUCGAGUUUGUGCGCUGCGUGGUGCAGGAGGUCAUGACGCGACAUAUCUUGGACACGGACGAUAUAUUUCAGAAAGGAUGUGACAGUCUGCAAGCGACGUGGAUCCGCAACUCAAUCCUGCACGCCCUCCGGCAGACGACACAGGUCAAUAGCAGAGCUGUCCCGGGUAACUUUGACUACCAGCAUCCGUCAAUCUCCGGACUCGCGCAGUACGUGUCAGGUCUCGUCAGCACAGAAAAGCCGAGCGACGAUAUGGUGGACGAGAAGCAGCGCGUCGCGGCCAUGCACGUGAUGGUGCAAAAGUACAGUAGGGACUUGCCGAGGCAUACUCCCAAGAUGGACCGCCCGGCGCGGAGCGUUGUGCUUGUCACGGGCACAACGGGGAGCCUAGGUGCUGCGCUACUCGCUGCACUUGUUGACGACCCGAAAGUUAGCAAGGUCUAUGCGUUCAAUCGCAAGGGUCCCCAAUCUCUUGAGGAGCGACAGAGACAAGUCCUUGCGGAGCGCGGGUAUGACGCAGAACGAAUUGUGAAGUCCGGGAAGGUCGUCUUUAUCGACGCAGAUACGAGCGGCGACAAGCUUGGGCUACAAAUGGACAGUUACGAGAAAGUUCGCACCUCCGUCACACACAUCCUCCAUAAUGAUACGUCGCAAAGAUAUGAGGAUGUUCUUCCGCUGACAGCCCCUGAUAGCAUGGCCGGUGAUCUUCAAGCUUUCCCUCAGCUUCUUCGACUCGAGCCAUCUCCAUUCUCUCCGCCUCCGCAACUACUUUACGUGAGCUCUAUCGGAAUGCUGGCCCAUGCUAGUCGCUCGGACCCCGUCCUUGAAGAGCCUGUUGACGCCUCUAUCGCGCUAGCUAGCGGAUACACUGAGUCGAAGUGGGUAUCCGAAACGCUCCUUGAGAACGUCGGCGACGACUUGGCGAAGGCUGGCACACCGCUGCGCACUGUUGUCGUCCGGCUUGGCCAAAUCACAGGUUCGUCGGGCAAUGGAGCAUGGAACACGACGGAGCAGAUCCCUGCGCUCGUCAAAUCGAGCACGUACCUUCGAUGUCUCCCGGACUUCGACGCCGAGGCGUCUUGGAUUGCAGUUAACGCCGCCGCGCGCGCAACAAUCGACAUGCUCCAUUCGUCAGGUUCCGCUUUCUCAACUUACCACCUCACGCACCCGCGGCCCGUGCAUUGGCGCACACUAUUCGCGCCGAUCGCGCAGGCUCUCGAGCUGCAGUCAGUCGCCUACGAUGUGUGGUUGCAACAGCUUAGGAAUAGCAGCGAGCGGUCCAGGCGCAUGGCGCCUGACCAGGAGGUCGAAGAGCUGCAGCGCAACCCCGCACUCAAGCUUGUGGAGCACUUCGAGGAAAUGUUUGCCGGCGGGGCGAAGGGCGGUGACGAAGCGUCCGAGGUGGCACGCGAGGCACUCGGCUUACCGAAGCUUUCUGUGGCUCAGGCAGUGCAGGUAGCGCCCUCGCUGAGCGAGGAGAGCCUCCCACAGCUCACAGCGAAGGACACUAUGCAAGGGGUGCGGUACUGGAAGUCAAUCGGAUAUCUGCAGUAG